CCCCCAUUCUUCCUCUCCCCUUUCAACUCAUAAUAACGCCCUGUUUGGCUCCCUCUAUCAAUCUCUUCAUACAAUCCCUCUAGUAACAGACCAUUCCAAUGGAAACUCCCCAACCUCCUCCCAAACAAGCCCUUAAUACGACUAGCACCACUCCCUCCCCUACCGCCGCCGCCUUCCUCCUCUCCUCCGUCUCCUCUCCCAUCACUCUCAAGUUCGUGGACCUCUGCUACAGAGUAAAACUCCCCAACACUACUUCCAGCGCAAGCAACAGCGCCAUCCGACGGCUGAUAUCUCCCCACGAGAAAUCGACGGCGGCAAUCGAGCAGCGGACCAUACUAAGCGGAAUCACCGGCACCGUUUCUCCAGGCGAGAUCCUCGCCGUCCUCGGCCCCUCGGGAAGCGGGAAAUCCACGCUCCUCCACGCGCUCUCCGGCCGCCAGCACCGCGGCGGUGUCGUCACCGGCACCAUCCUCGCCGCCACCGUCUCCAAAAACCUGUCCGCCAGGCAGCUCGCCAGGCGGACUGGUUUCGUCGCGCAGGACGACGUGUUGUUCCCGCACCUGACGGUGCGGGAGACGCUGGUGUUCUGCGCGAUGCUGCGGGCCGUCGUCGCCUUCUCGUCUCGCGACGAGAAGGCGGCUGCGGCGGAGUGGGCGAUUGCCGAGCUGGGGCUCGGCAAGUGCGCGGAUACUAUAAUUGGGAACGGAUUCGUGCGCGGAAUUUCCGGAGGGGAGAGGAAGCGCGUGAGCAUCGCGCACGAGCUGCUGAUCAACCCGAGCGUGUUGAUUUUGGACGAGCCGACGUCGGGUUUGGACGCGACGGCGGCGUACAGGCUGGUGGCGACUUUGGGACAGCUGGCGAGGAAAGGCGGUCGGACCGUGGUCGCUUCGGUCCACCAGCCGUCGAGCCGGGUGUACCGGAUGUUCGACUCGGUUCUGGUCCUGAGCGAGGGGCGGAGCUUGUAUUUUGGGAAAGGUGGGGACGUGGCGAUGGGUUAUUUCGAGUCGGUUGGUUGCUCGCCGUGUUUUCCGAUGAAUCCGGCCGAUUUCAUGCUCGAUCUCGCUAACGGGGUUUGCCAUCUUGAUGGAGUCGGUGAUCAAAGGGAUAAACCCAACGUGAAGCAGCAUCUCAUGGCCUCAUACAAUGCAAUACUAGCACCAAAGUUGAAAUCCGCUUGCUUGGAAGCCACGCCAAAGGAAUCCAACCUCAGCAAUGGCCAUGGUGGCACCAAUUCAUCCCCAAGACACUUGGGGAGGUGGAGAGAAGACCAGAGAGUUGGCAUGACCAUGUGGUUCAACCAGUUCACCGUCCUCCUCCACAGGAGCCUGAAGGAGCGGAGGCACGAGUCCUUCAACACCCUCCGCGUCUUCCAGGUCUUUGUUGGUGCCCUGUUGGCGGGCCUGAUGUGGUGGCACUCCGAUUUUCGAGACAUUCAGGAUCGGUUGGGCUUGUUGUUCUUCAUAUCCAUCUUCUGGGGUGUGUUGCCUGCUUUCAACGCGGUGUUUGCCUUCCCACAGGAAAGGGCAAUCUUUAUGAAGGAGAGAGCGUCUGGGAUGUACAGUCUUUCCUCUUACUUCAUGGCUCGAAUCGUGGGCGAAAUGCCCAUGGAGCUAGCUCUUCCAACCAUCUUCAUCACCAUGGCCUACUGGAUGACCGGGCUAAAGCCCGACUUGGGCGCAUUCCUCCUCACCCUACUCAUCUUGUUGGGCUACGUGCUCGUGUCUCAAGGUCUAGGUCUUGCCCUGGGGGCAGCCAUCAUGGACGCCAAACAGGCAUCCACGAUGGCUAAUGUGACGAUGCUAGCGUUCGUGCUUACCGGAGGGUUCUACGUUCACAAGAUCCCGGCCUGCAUGGCGUGGAUCAAGUACAUCUCGAGCACCUUCUACACUUAUAGGUUGUUCAUCAACGUUCAGUAUGGCAACGGGGAGCAAAUUGCAAAAGCAUUUGGUUGCUCGGGGCGAAAUGGUAACAACUACAGUGAUGUUGGACCAGAUUGCAAGUUUAUCAGGGAAGAUCUGGAAGGACAGAUCAGCCCUUGGGUUUGUGUUGGAGCAAUGGUGCUGAUGUUUGUGGGUUACAGAGUUUUGGCUUACCUAGCAUUAAGGAGGACUUGAUUAACCAAAUAAACACGAUAAUUGGUGGGUUUCAUUUGGGUGAUUAAGCCAUGUGUGCUAUAAGGCAUAAGCCUCUCUUGAAUCAAAGACAUAGAUUCUUCUUCAAGUGGUGACCAAUGGUGAAAGGAAGAGACAUUGGUGGUAGAUCGGGUAUUGUGAAGCACUACAAGUCUACAACAAAAAGGGUAGUUGAAAUUUUUUCCCAAAGUGUUCAAUUCAUGUAUUUUGGUUCUUUUCCUCUUUUUACUCUUUUCAGUAGGAUAAUUGUAGUCCUGAGAGGUCCAUAGGCUUACUGUAAUUGAAGAAUAAGUGACUCUUCAUUCACAUGUAAUUGUAAAAGAAUUUAGAAACAUAAAUAAAUAAAAAUUCGCUUUCCAAGCAGUAACCAACAAUGUUCACUAAAGAAAUUUCGAUUUUGACUCAUUCCUAUAGCACAAGUAUUUGAUGAGGUCGAGUAGCAGUUCGUGCUAAUAACUUGAAUUAUUGAAAGUUA